GCAAUCUAAUCGUAUUUUUAAUUGAUUUUUUUUUAUAUGAUUUAACUUUGAUAAUUUUCAAUUCAAGAAGAAACACGAUGCAGGAAACAGUAUUAAUUACUUUUCUUAUUUUAAUUGUUGGUUCCCAAGGUGGACUAAUUCCAAGAGUUGUAGGAGGCAAUGACGCUCCACCUGGUAAAUAUCCAUUUCAAAUUAUAACGAAAUUUUUAAAUAGUUUCCUUUGUGGUGGGACAAUUAUAAAUCAACGUCACGUUCUCACUGCUGCACAUUGCGUUGAUGGCUUUGAGGUUGCAUUCUACAAAGUCGUGACAGGAAUUAAUCAUCAAUCAGAUAAUGGCACUACUUACCUAGCUGAGAAGUUCUUCAUACAUGAUAAUUAUAACAAAAGUCAACAUUUGCAUGACAUUGCACUAAUUCGAGUUAAGACAAAUAUUCUUUAUUCAAAAUUAGUUCAACCAGUAUUAUUGCCUCAUAAAUAUUUCGAUUAUAAUGAGGAAGAAGCAACACUUAUCGGUUACGGAAGACUUGGGGUUAACGAUCCUCCUGCAACAACUUUACAAGAAGUGAAACUCUAUAUAUUCCCAAACUCAAAAUGUAGAUCAAUAAUUCCUUAUGUGAGAAAAACGCACGUUUGCACAUUAACUGAACCCGGAGAAGGAGCUUGCAAUGGUGAUUCUGGUGGUGCUUUAUUAUCAGAUGGAAAACAAAUUGGCAUCGUAUCCUUUGGUGUUCCUUGCGCUAUAGGAGCACCUGAUGUCUACACUCGAGUACAAAGUUAUUUAACAUGGAUAAAGAAUAAUACGAAAAAUUUAUAAAAAAAAAAAAAAUCAUUG